AUGUUGUUUUGCAGAUUAUUCGCUGUAAUUGCAACCACAUGUGUAACAGCAUCAUCACUGGCUAAAACCCCCUCUCAUUUUUCAUCAACAACAAUCAUGUAUAAUAACGUUACUUGUAAAAUUCAGAAUGGUGUUCUCAGUAUCAAUGGCAAAGAAAUUCGUAAUUUAACAGAAGGAGAGAAAAAAGAACUGGACGAGUACUGCAAAAAAACGAUGCAGUGGGGCGAAUCAUUUGAAUCAGGCAUCCGAGGGAUGUUCCAUCGACUUUUACAAUCGAUGGCGAACAUGUGGAACAGUAUGUGGGGAAUGGAUCACAUGUUCCACCACCGUUCUCCAGCUUCGGAGAAGAAUAGUACUACGGAAAACCCGCUGGUGAAAUUAGACGGAGAUAAAGAAACUGUGGAUGCACGUAACACUACAAAACCAUUCGGCUUCCCGGAACCACCGAAAUUCUGUUUUGAAAAAGCUGAAUAG